AUGCGCAGUGUUGGUGAAGGAAGUCGAUUUCAGCAAAGCGCGCCGAUUCCGCUGCCAGCACCAAGCCAAAGCUAUAGUUACAGCACGGAGACUCGGACUUCUACCCAGGCGAUACCCGCGCCGGCACCUGCGCCGACGUCCAACUAUCAGCAACACAGUAACUACAGCCACCACUCGUCGCACACAAGCGAAACAUCGAAGGCAAUACCCAUCCAGCCAGCGAAAUCCAAUUUCGAGGAACAUAGGAGAUCAUAUCAUUCGGAAGAAAAACGCACUUCAACGUCAACACCUACGCAGCGUGUAAUGUUUGAGGUGACCGCAGAGCAAAUGAGAACCCUGCUGAAGACGUCGAAUUACUCGUACUUGCACACACACAACGUUGAUUAUCUCAUCGACUGGGGGCAACAUUCAGUGGAUAUCCUCAACAUCAUUCAUGUCCGAAAGAUUACAUUGAUGCUUUGGACGUAA